AUUUCUACCAUUGAACAUUUCUGCGUUAUUAGGACUCUCAUUAUAGUGUCCAACGAGACUCUGGGGACGGGUGUUACCUCGAUUCUUCUUAACCCCGUACCCAAAAUGCUCAAAUCAACAUAUCGCCAGGCUGCUCCGAACGAAGCGCUUCCCCCACUUCCUCCAGGUUGGACCGAACACAAAGCUCCUACCGGCCAUCCUUACUAUUACCAUGCAGAGAGCCAAACCAGCACCUACACUCGACCAGUCGCUCCCUCAGAAGAACCACUACAAAUCGAUUAUGGCGCCACCGAACCGGACCAACUUGUCCGUGCCUCCAUGCACGCCAUGGACGAGUUCCACAGAAACAAUCCUGUCGAGCCGGCGCAUUUUACUGGAGGGAGGAGUUAUCAGGAUCAUACACGACGAAGAGGAAACCAAGGAGACCGGCCCAAGUCCAAGAUACCCAUCUUGAAUUGCCACCCUUGGGUAUUGGUCAAGACGAAGCUAGGAAGGAGAUUUGUCCACAACCAAGAGACCAAGCAAAGCCUCUGGAAAUUCCCUCAGGAUGUGAUGCUGGCCGUGAUUGAAAUGGAACGACUCGAGUGGGAAGCUAAAAAGAAAUCCGAAACCGAGCGCGAGGAUCACGCAGAACCAGAGCCCAAAGACAAGGCAGAAGCGGUCAGCGUCCAACAGCCAUCACAGGAUGAAAAUUAUGACAGCGACUCGUACGAAGAAGUCGAGGUGACCGAUGAUGAAGAAGACGGUUUCGACGAGUCCGACAAUCCUUCCAAACGACCCCGUAUCUCCGAAGAGGCCAACGUCACACAACCUAAUGGACCUGUCGAAUUUAAUGAAGACGAUAUAGAAUGGCAACUUGCCCAGAUGGAAGGCGACUACGAUGACCAUGACGAAGUCGACAACGAGGACCUCUCCCAGAAUGACGAGAAUGACGAAGGUCUUCCCCUCACUGCCGCUGACACAACUGCACUAUUCCGCUCAUUACUCGACGACUCAGGCAUCUCACCCUAUAGUGUCUUUGAAAAGGUUAUUGAAGAUCUCUCUAUCGUCGAAGACGAGCGCUAUGUCAUGCUGCCAAACACCUCGUCCCGCAAGGAAGCUUUUGCUCAGUGGUCGAAAGACCGUAUUGCCGAAGCGCAAGCCGCCAAAGAAUUGGAACGACGGCGACUGGAAACCUCCAAUUCGAGUCUUGCCGACAAAGACCCCAAGAUACAAUAUCUCCGGCUGCUCCAGCUCCAAGCCAGCCCAAAACUGUACUGGCCAGAGUUUCGUCGCAAAUACAAAAAAGAACCAGCCAUGAAAGACCUAAAUCUACAGGACAAAGAGCGAGAAAAGCUAUAUCGCGAAUACAUCUCAAAACUCAAGCUAAGCGAAUCAGAUCGUCGGAAAGAUCUAGUUUCAUUCCUCAAGGGGGCCGAUAUACCUAAGAACAUUAGCACGCUAGAGGAAAUGCCGCUCAACAUCCUGAAAGACCUGAGAUAUUAUUUGGUUGAUCCACGGAGGCGGGACGAUCUAGUCAGGACAUUUUUGGAAUCAUCCAGGUGACAAGGGACUGCCAAUGGUGACACAGCCAAGUCAAGAGCCUUGAUUGGUGGUAGUGGUCGAGUAAUGGAGGAAAUUGGAGGAACAACGUAGCGAUGACCUCGUGAACGGGAAUGUCACAAUGCCUCACCAUAGCUAAGCCAUAUUCCAUGAAAGAUCGACGAUGACUGAUUAUUCUCAUUCAUCAGCCAAAUACUCCAAAUACCUAAUCACACAAUCGAGA